UACAGCCUGCUCCUUACCUCUCCCACCUCACACCAGUCCCCGCCACGCCGGCUGCUCAUGUAUCCCCGCCACAGUCCUUAUUCUCCCAUUCACCCCGUCUCUAUCCACACAGAAUACACCUUACAGCAACCAAAUAAUGGACUACAACGAUAUAGAUCCCGAAGAGGACCCCACAUCUGACUAUGGAGACUCGGUGGGGACGUCCGAAUUCACAUCCGUCAACACCAGAGAGCUGCACUCGUACGAACACGGGAGGAGAUACCAGGGCUUUUUACAAGGCCGAUACGGCCUUCCUAAUGAUGACGUCGAGCAAGUCCGCGAGGGGCUAAAACACAAGCUGUAUCUCGACUACCUUCUUGACGGCAACCUCUUUCUAGCUCCCAUCGGGGACCACCCCCAGAAAAUCGUCGACCUUGGGACUGGAGUCGGCUUUUGGGCCCAAGAUAUGGCUGAGAAUUUUCCCAGCGCCCGAGUCAUUGGGACUGAUCUUUCUCCUAUCCAGCCGCACUGGACGCCGCCCAACGUUGAAUUUCGAGUCGAAGAUCUUGAAGACGAGCAUCGUCCUUGGACUAAUAUCUAUAUUGAUGCGGACUUGAUACACAUAAGAGCGUUGCUACAGACCUUGCGACAUCCGCGGCAGCUAAUAGAGCGAUCCUUUGAGGCCCUCAAACCGGGAGGGUGGAUUGAAAUCCACGAGAUCGUACCGUUUAUUAACUCCGAGGAUGGCACAGCUGGAGAGGACCAUCCCUUCAAUGCGUUUUACAGUCUCGUCGAGGGACCUUUUACAACUACGUAUGGCUGGAACCUGCGCUUUCCCAUGCAGAUCGUCCAAAAUCUUCAUGAAGUUGGAUUCACCAACGUUCAACAACAGCACACCCAGGUUCCGCUUGGAAGGUGGCAUAGCGAGCCCAGAAUGAGGGAGAUGGGCAUGUUUUGCCAAGCUAUUUGCGAAGAUUGGGUCGCUGCCGUGUUACCUCGAUUCGAAGUAAUGGGGUUAACCGAAGAAGAAGCAGAUGAUUUGGGACAGAAGAUAUUCGAGGCUUUCAACAACCCCCGCAUUCACGCUCGGCUCGAUUGGGUAGAUUGCUGGGCGCAAAAGCCACUGUCAUAGUUGGAUCCGGCGAAUUGGCUGAGCUAUCAAAGCGUCAGCCAAAAGGAUUUCCUAGAUUGACCUGUCACUUGGGGGAGUCCAAAGCGCAGCGCACCUGCACGUUUGUGCCCCCCACCAACCAAUACCAAUACCACCCAACCAGCGAGCGAGCACAUUUACACCGAGCGGCCGGUGACACUAGCGGGCUGUUAACUCG